AUGGCCAUCACCAACACCACAUCCACCGUCCAGGCAAUUUUCGCCCUUCAUGUCGUUACAGCAGGCGGGUCCAUCAUCCUUAUUCUGGCCGCUCUUGCGUUGUUCGGUCGCCAGCUCGUCGGCGGCCCUGGACGUCCCCGCACAUUCAAGAAGUUUAACAGGUCAACUCUGAACAGGCACAGCUCCACAGGCACGCAACUCUUCCUCAUCACGGGUCUCACCACCCUCAUGAUCGCCUACGCCGCGCAAGCCUCCAUCGUGGCCCUCCAAUCCCGCCUCCCCUCCCCCUUCUACAUCACCUCCGCCUACGCCUACCCCCAAUACACGGAACCCUUCGGCAACAACGACUCCAUCAGAUAUGGAAAGAUCAUCUCCAUCCUCUCCUUCACCUACCAAGGCGCCAUGAUCAUCAUGAACGCCUGCAUCGUCGGCGCCAUCUGGAUCCACGCCAACCACGUUCAGAACAACGGCACUGGUAUCAAGGAGCCUGGUGUGCUGUCUUGGGCUUUGAACGGCUUCUGGAUGUUGGCUAUCCUUGCUCUUGGCUUUGCUAGCUGGGCUGUUGGUCUUGCGCGCCGUGGUAGUGGGAACUCCGCGUUGGCUUACCCGAGUUUGAUUGCUGUUGACUACAUGGUGAGGACUCUUUACGUUGUUUACGUAGCAACUGUCAUUGCUGCGUCGACUAGUGCGACGCUUGAGGCCAUCUUGUGCUGGAUUGGUAUCAAGAAGAACGGUGUUGUCGGUAACCGCUCCAAGUCAGCCCUCACCCGCUUCGUCAUGCUCGUCACCCCCAUCGUCUGGGUCCGCAACGCCUUCUCCAUCGCCCAGCUCGUCCUCAUCUACCGCAACACAAACAACUACUCACGCACCACCAACCAAGCCCUCGCCUUCCUCUUCAUCAUCUUCGGCGAGCUGUGCGACCUCGGUAUCUUCGCUCUUGUUCUGCUCGGCGCCUGGAGCUUUGGCCGCAAGGAUAACCAGAGGCCUGAGGUUGUCAAGGAGGCUAGGUACAGCGAGAGCAUGAGGGAUAGCGCGUACAUUGCCAACCCUAAUGCUGCUUAUGUUGCCGACCACGAUACCGCUUAUGUCGAUGGACCUGCUGGACCUGCGUUUGAGGCGGGUAGGGGUCCUACUUACAUUCCUCACGUUAACUAG